AUGUCCGUCGUCGACCCCGCACUGGCGCACCCCGUCCGCCCCGCCUUCGCCAUCCCCGGCGAGGCCAUCAAGGCGGGCGGAACCCCCGAGCCGGGCGCCGUCGUGCCGCAGGAGCCGGCCGGGUCGCGCGCCGUCAUCGCGGCGCUGAAGAUGAUGAAGCAUCCGGAGGGCGGCUACUUCGUCGAAACGGACCGCGACCCCCGGCGCGUGGUGAACCCGUUCCACCCGUCGUACGACAGCGGCAUGACCGAGGUGUCGACCAAGACGUGCUUCGCCGAGACGUCGGCGGCGGAAUCGGAUGCGAAAGGUGACCAGGCGCAGCAGUGGACGGCGUUGACGCGGUCCGCCAGCACGUCCAUUUAUUACCUCCUCACGCCGGGCCGCAGCUUUGGCCGGUUUCAUCGGAAUAAGGGACGGACGGUGCACACGCUGCACAAGGGCAGGGCGAGGUACGUCGUCAUCCACGCGGACGAAGUGGUCAACGGGCUCCGGCCCAAGGGCGAGGCGCGCAUCGAGACGUACGUCGUCGGCCAGGACGUUGCGGCGGACGAGCGGCUGCAGUGGGUCGUCGAAGGCGGCAAGUACAAGGCGAGUUUCUUGCUGCCGGACGACGAGGCCGAGGGCGCGAGCGCGGGCGCCGCCCAGGCCACUAGCAAAGAUGGGUGCUUGAUUAGUGAGACGGUCAUCCCGGGCUUUGAGUAUGCGGACCAUGACUUCUUGAAGCCGGAUCGCUUGGUGGAGCUUGUGGGUGAGGAACGGGCGGCGGAGCUCGCUUGGUUACUGACCAAGAGUGCGGAGUGA